AAGUAUCAGUAAGCUCACUGCUCAGUUAGAAGUAUCAGUAAGCUCACUGCUCUGUUCAUGCUUCUGAGAUGGGUGUAGCGGAGGACCUCAUUGGAACUAAGCUGACUGAUCUGGAGACGUUGGAGAGGAUGGAGAGUGAAAUAGAAAAAAGCAAGGGUAGCCGAAAGAAGUCAAACCCUCACGACAGACAGAUUCUUAAGAUCGACGAGAUUUUGAGCAGGUCUGGAGGCUUCGCUCGUUACCAGAUAUUCCUGAUUCUCUGUCUGGGACUAGGCGGUGCACUCUACGUCUCCGUGCAGAACCUCUCCAUGACCUUCGUGGAAUCUUCAGCACCCUGGAGGUGUAUAUCCUGCACGUGCAUGGAGAAGACUGAGCCGGCGACGGGGGUCACAUGUGACAACGAGUCUGAGUCUAGUGUGGUUCACUACGAUCUGACGACUCUCUGCAGAUCUAACUUGAGCUCGAGUGAUUUCGAGUGGCUGAACAGGAACCACACUGCUCUCUCUGAUUAUAAUCAGGCAUGCGGCAGCCACACAAUCGUCACUCACGUACUAUACUUCUGUCCUGGCGUUAUUAUUGGGGGCUUCAUAUUCGGGAUGAUGGGAUGGUCGACAGGACGGAAGACACCCUUCCUCUCCGCUCUGCUCACCUCCAUGGUGGCCUCUGUUAUAAGUGCUGCUGCUCAGGAGUAUAUCUUGUUCGUCAUUCUUCGUGUCCUGCUAGGAGCAAGUAUAGCUGGUUACGAACUGCUUUACUUCUGUUGGAUUGUGGAGUUGGUCUCCCGAAAAUGGAGACCCCUAGCUAUCGCCAUACAAGGAAUAUUCGGGGCUGCUGGGCUUUUGAUCGUUUUCUACAUCAAUGAGACGUGGGACUACUGGAGAUAUAAAAUGGUGUGUGUUGGGAUGGUUUCUCUGGUGUUCAUCUUUGUUUACGCAGCAGUUCCAGAAUCUCCUUACUGGCUGCUAGCAAAAGGGCAAGAUGAUGUCGCAACAAUGGUUCUGAAACGAAUUGCCAUCCUGAACGGAAAACAGUACCCAGAAGUCCAGCCUGCCAUACCGGUCAUCAAAGCUCGAGAAAAGGUCAUGUCUUUCUUCAAGCCCAAGUACCAGAGAGUGGGCUGUCUGCUCUGUCUAAACUGGGUUCUCGUCGGCAUGGCUUACUACCACAUCUUCCUCACAAUCGAUACUUAUGGGGAAUACGGUAACCCUGACGAGGGGAAAAUCCCUUACGCAUUGUUGAGGAAGACGAAUUUUAUCGUGGCGCUCGGGGCAGAAGUACCAGCAGCAAUUAUUGGAGUCGCAGUGCUGACCUCGUUACUCGGCAGGAAGUUUUCUUACAUCUUGAAUCUGGUCAUAUUCGCCGUGUGCUCUGCUGUUUCUCUGGUGCAGUACGAAGUGGUCAAGGAUUGGGAUAUUCGGAGAGGCGCCAUUUUGAUCGGAGCGAAGAUGAGCAUCACCGCUGCCAAGAUGAUCCUGGCUUUGUGGACCGCUGAACUGUCCCCGACCACCAUAAGAACUCUCAUGUUUGGCCUGGGGCUCGGAUCCUGUUCAGUUGGUGUCGUCCUGGCUUCAGCUCUCUUGUUCUUCGCUGCGUCCCCCAUGGUAUCAGUGAUCAUCAUGCUUGUGAUCGCUGUGAUAUGUAUUGGUGCUUCCACUCAAAUCCAUGACACGAAAAACUGGAACCUACCAGAUCAUCUUUUCGAUGUUUACAAGAACAUGAAUAUAAAUAACGAUGAUGCCGUCUACUCAGACUUACAGUCCGAAGCUCAAAAUAACACAGCUACAGUUCUGUGAGCUUGGAGCAGAAAUUCAGUGGGUUUGCUAACUCUCCGGCUGGACGUUGACAGAGGCAAUCUUAAAUGGGGGACAAGCUGCUUUAUCUCUUAAGUUGGAAAAUAGAUCGUGGCUAAAAAUGGUCCAUGCAAGAGCAGAAAUAUCACCAACAGUUUGGAUUAAACAGCAAACUAGCAAAUAAACGGUUUCUGAGCGCUCCCAAUCGUCUGUAUUAAUCAGCUCAACAAUGAUCGGUUUUCGAUCUAUCGAAGUAUUGACUACUGAAUAAUCUGAAGUACAAAAUACAUUGUUCGCUAAAUUAAACAGUAUUGAACGAUUUCAAGUACUUUCUUGUAAUUUGAGAAAAUCGUUUUAGACUUGUGAAGCUAUAACUUGCAGAGGAAAAUGAAAACGGGUUACGACUAUAUUUAAGAUAGUUGUAUUCUUAUUGGAAGCAAGUAUACUAUUCUUAACUUUGCUGUAUAUAAAGUUUAAAAUGUUUCAUGAAUAAUA